AUCAAAUCCGCAAGGUGUUCAGUCAUUUGAGUGGUGACAACAUCUCAAUUUCUGUAAUUGACCUAAAGCACCAAAUCAAGGAGCGCCAACCUGAACGGUGAACAUAGUAUCGACAUACAGGUUGGCUGGGCAGAAGUUACUACGAGGACUUGGAUGGGCUUAUUUGGAUAACACUUUGGCGAAUGGAGAUAAAGCUACCCAUAGUGGAGAAUGCUGCUUUCAAUAAUUUCGUAUUUCCAAGGAACGGAUUCUUAUGAGGAUGAACAGAAUUGAUGCUGCAAAAGGAGGAAUAUCUGUGUAAAGCUCACUGAGAAAGCAACCUUAAAGGUGAGAGAUGGAAGAGUAAAAGACGUGACAAGGACCAUUGCCUGCAAACGUACUGAGCUUCUCAUGUCAAUCAUUGGUCUACUUUUUAGGAGUCCCGAAUUUUGUACCCGCAGUUCCUGCAUGGUUUUAAGCAGGGAUUUAUAACUUUCAAUUAAAAUGUGACCAAGUUGAUCCAAUUAUCAUCAAGGAUGCUCGAGAAGUUCCCUUGUUCUUUAACCCUCUUUCCCAAAGCAAUCAGGUCCACACAUCACAUACUUGCAUUGUCAUCAUCUCCUGUUCCCUUUUCCCACAGCUAUCCCAUCUCCCUUUUCCCUCACUAUAUAAACUCCCUUCCAACCCUUUCUUAAUGGUAUACCUCAACCGCCUUUAACCACUCAUUUCCUUUCCUCAUAAACCUUCAUUUCCCCCUCAUUCCCACGUCCUGAAAUGGAGAAAACACAAUUGCGUAGGCAGCUCGCCAACAUCAGGCAGUCCCUCUUUGAUCAGGGCUUUCUUGAUGAACAAUUCGUGCAAUUGGAGGAACUGCAAGAUGAUGCUAAUCCGAACUUCGUGGAGGAAAUUGUUACAUUGUAUUACAGAGACUCAUCCAGGCUGAUAGUCAGCAUAGAGCAAGCACUACAGAAGAGCCCUCUGGACUUCAAUAAGUUGGAUGCUCUUAUGCACCAAUUCAAAGGAAGUAGCUCAAGUAUUGGAGCCAAAAAGGUGAAAGCUGAGUGCACACAGUUGAGGGAAUAUUGCAGGGCAGGAAGUGGAGAAGGAUGCUCAAGGACAUUCCAACAACUGAAGAAGGAAUAUACAACUCUGAGGAAGAAGCUUGAAGCCUAUUUUCAGCUGGCAAGACAAGCUGGGCCCAUUGAUUCUGCCUGUCGGCCCAAGUAAUCCACACGUGGAUGACAAAUGGAUGACAAGUGGACGACAAAGCUGAUGUGGCAAGAUGUUAUUGGAACUUCUAUAUGUUUCCUAAUGUUAUGUAAGCUCCACUUAUGGAUUGGAGCACCCUGCCUGUGGGGGCUAUGGGUUGCUUUUGUUUUUGGGUGUAGUUCAUGAAUGCAAUUUUAAUUCAAGUUUUGGUUCCU